CGUUAAGUAGUUAUAAUAAAGAUAAGCGAUAAAGCUUCGAAAACCUCUAUUAAAUUGAAAUUGUGCUUUUAUAAUCGAUCUAGUUGGAGAGAUAAUUCUUAGUGUUAUCGCCAAUUUAGCUUGUAUUUACGCUUUUGACUUAUGUGGCUUAGUGUACGCUCAAGUAUUGACAGUUAUUUAGUCGAGAGUUCAAAGUCGGUUCGAAAGCACACAUUUAAUAUUCAUUUUAGUAAAGGAGGAAAGGAAAAUAUAUAAAAUCAAUUUAGUUUCAUCUUCUAAUAUGAGAAACGCAGAAAUUUUGCUCACACUAGCAGUAUUUGGCUUCUGUUGUUUUACUUUUGCAAACUCCUUGAAAUGUUACAGUUGCUACAGUGCUAAGGACUGCAAGAAGCCAAGCAGAUUGGAAUGCAACGCUGACGCGGCCAAUAAGACUCGCGAUUACUUAAAUGCGUUAUAUACAGGUGUACCAGGUACGAAUUUCACCAGCCAAAGUUUCCUAUGUAUGCGUGAUUGGUUGAAGACAUCCUCCAACGAAUUCAUAUACAAGGGUUGCGUAUAUAGUAAUUACCAAAGUUGCAGUUACGCAGUGAAUCCAUAUUAUUCUCAACGUCACGAACGUAGGUGUGCUCAGUGUAACAAGGAUGGCUGUAAUCCAGCCGCACGUGCUAACGGUAGUCUAUUGACAGUGAUAACUACAAUUGUGGCAACAGUUUUGGUGAAAUGUGUGUGGCGCAAUUGAAUUAUUUAAAUAAGUUUUGUAUAGUAGUCCAAAAUAUUGAUUCAAACUCUAAUGAGUGGAUUUUCAUUAAAAGAGGUGGCCAGAUGUAUUCAGAAGUACUAUGUAUGAUAAUAUAAUAUUAUAAUAGACUAGUAUUUUAAUGUAUAUAUUUACAAAAUAUGUUUAUUUGAAUACCUUUUAUAAUACAAAUUAUAUUUUGUUAUGAAGUUGCCACCUGUUAAUAAAUUAAACAUAAAUUAUUUGAAAAUAAAAUUGGACUUAAAAAUUGGUUAACAAGUGAAA